AUGAGCACGUCAGCCAGGGUCGUGAACAACCUGCCUGGAGGUCUUCCAAUUGCACAGGUACCGUUACAUACCAAUCCGGAAACGGUAGCAUUGGAAUAUGUCCAACGCCUGCAAUCUCUCAAGGCGUCGGAUUUUACUGAAGAUGCACUUUGGAGAGAUACCUUUGCAUUCACGGGAACUGUAAGGACGUUCCAUACUCCAGCCGAUAUUGAAACCUCCUGGAACGACGUUACCGAAACCCAUAAGCCCAGCGAUUUUGCAUUAAUACCUGAAUCAGCCCGUGUUGUGCAAAUUGGCGUUCGGUCAUCUUGGGUUGAAGCGAGGUUCGUCUUCAAGACAAACGGCAUACCUCGACAGAACGGCUCUGGAUUCGUGUCCUUAAUACCAGCCGAUGGCGAAUGGAAGAUUUGGCUCCUAAGAACUAUUCUAGAAGGAAUCGAUGGUCUUCCUGAUGUCGACGUUUUGAAUCCGACAGCUCAUCCAGUGCCCAAUGGACACCAGAAUGGCAUCGUGGAGCCAACAAACUACGACUGCGUGGUGGUUGGGGCCGGGCAGGCAGGUCUCGCAGCUGCAGGUCGUCUGAAGGCGCUAGGCGUGCAAUAUCUUCUCAUUGACAAGAAUGCUGCUAUUGGUGAUAAUUGGCUGUUGAGAUAUGAGUCUGCAAAAUUACAUACCGUUAGAAACUAUGCUCAUCUACCAUUUGAGCGCACAUUCACUCCGGAUUGGAAAGAAUUUCUGCCCAAACGAGAUGUCGCCAAAGGCUUUGAAAUUUGGUUUAAUAGAUAUGGAAUCAAUGCUUGGUUCUCUACCAAUCUUGAAUCCGGAAAAUGGGACGAGGACAAGAAGGAGUGGGCUAUCCGUGUUAUCCGGGAAGGCAAAGAAGUUAUUCUCACCACUAAACACCUUGUUCUUGCCGUUGGCGGAGGUGGUCAGAUUCCACGAAUGCCCACGUUCCCUGAUCGAGAGAAAUUCAAAGGUGUCGUUCUCCAUUCAGUUGAUUAUACGGACGCGAAAGAAUGGAGAGGAAAGAAAGGUGUCGUCGUCGGUGCGGCAAAUACAGCACACGAUGUUGCGGAGGACAUGCAAGCUGCAGGCAUGGAUACUACAAUGGUUCAACGUCAAGCAACAUGUCUGAUAUCAUCUCCAGCCCUUUCUUCUACUUGUCUCGUGCAUUCUGACCCAUUGGUUAGAUGUUGUCCCCACCGACUACUAUUUGAAGCCGUCUUCAAUGACCAAAUUCCAAUAGAAAUAGCCGAUAGAAUACAGUUCAGCAACCCCAUCGCUAUCGGACGACAAAUAGUGGCAUACCAUUUGCAUAAAAUGAUUCGUGCAGACCCAGAACGUUUUGAUUCUCUCGAGCGGGCAGGUUUCCUGCUAGAUAGAUUUGGUGACAUUACAUACCAUGUCAGCGAGCGUGGUGGUGGUCACUAUAUGGAUGUUGGUGGAUCAGGAAAAAUCUCCAAGGGGCUGAUUAAAAUGAAGUCGGAUGCCCUUAUCACCGCUUACACCGAAAAUGGGCUUCUUUUUUCGGAUGGCUCCGAGCUCAAGGCCGAUGUGAUUGUGUUCACAACCGGAUUCGUUGGAACGCUUCGUGAUGAGAUUGCAAAAUAUCUAGGUCAGCAAAUAGCGGACCAGGUGGACGAAUACUGGGGCUUGGACACGGAAGGAGAGAUUCGUGGAGCUUAUAAACCUAUUGGCCAUCCUGGAUUGUGGUACACUGGUGGCACACUCGGUCAUUCUAGGUUCUUCUCUCGUUUCUUGGGUUUACAAAUUAGGGCUGCGCUUGAUGGCACUCCCUUGCCAGUCUAUGAAAAGCUUCCGGGAAGACCAAACAUGAAGGCACGCCCACUGGGCGAAAUAACUGAAUUUUUGGCGGGUGCUGAAGCUAAUUAG